UCCCGUCUUGGGAAGGAGGUUUCUCAAACCGGCUAAAAGGUUUGAGGGCAGUGGGGGUUUCCGCAACGGUCGUCAAUGGCGUCCCGAGCGCUCUCCUUAUCUUCUCUUUCCUCUCUAUCUCCGAUUUCCCUUUCUCACCAUCUCGCUUGCUCUACCCCUUCUUCUCUCAGAUUCUACUCUUCUAAGCCAAUCGUCGUUGUCAACAAAUCAGUACAAUCUCACUAUGACGAACAGACGCCAGCCGACACCCGUGUAUCGAUUUCCACACCCGAGGUCGAAGGAACUGGAGCGGCCGCACCAACCCGAGGGGAUAUCUUCCUCGAACGCCAGAAGUCCUUCGCGGCUGCUACUACAGUGCUCGCGGCGUGUACGAAGAAGAAGAAGAAGAAGAAGAUAGAUAAAGUCGGUGGGUCCGUGAAGGUCUCCUUGCCGAGCUGUUAUGGUUGUGGUGCUCCUUUACAGACUUCGGAAACGGAUGCUCCUGGCUAUGUGGAUCCUGAUACAUAUCAAUUGAAGAAGAAACACCACCAACUUAGAAAAGUUAUCUGUGGAAGGUGCCGGCUGUUGUCUCAUGGGCACAUGGUUACUGCUGUCGGUGGACAUGGAGGUUAUUCUGGUGGGAAACAGUUUGUGUCAGCUGAAGAGCUUCGCAAGAAGCUAUCACACUUGCGACACGAGAAAGCUUUGAUAGUUAAAUUGGUUGAUAUAGUGGAUUUUAAUGGUAGCUUUCUGGGUCGUGUGCGUGAUCUUGCUGGUGCAAAUCCCAUAAUAUUGGUUGUAACUAAGGUUGAUCUCCUUCCUAAAGGGACCAACCUUGAUUGUGUUGGCGAUUGGGUUGUGGAAGCUACCAUGAAAAAGAAACUCAAUGUUCUGAGUGUUCGCCUAACAAGCUCAAAGUCUCUAGUUGGCAUUGCUGGAGUGGUGUCUGAAAUUCAAAAGGAGAAAAAGGGACGAGAUGUGUACAUUCUGGGUGCAGCUAAUGUUGGAAAAUCUGCAUUCAUUAGUGCCCUAUUGAAAAUGAUGUCAUAUAAGGAUCCAGUUGCUGCUGCAGCGCAGAAGUAUAAACCAAUACAAUCUGCUGUUCCUGGGACUACUCUAGGUCCAAUACAAAUUGAUGCUUUCCUGGGAGGAGGGAAGUUAUAUGACACACCUGGAGUUCAUCUCCAUCAUAGACAAGCUGCAGUGGUUCAUUCAGAGGACUUACCUGCCCUUGCUCCCCAAAGCCGGCUCAGGGGUCAGUCAUUUCCAAAUUCCCAGGUAGCUUUAGAUGAGUGGACAGCUGGGAAAAUUGCAUCCAAUGGCUUGAAUGGGUUUUCAAUAUUUUGGGGAGGUCUUGUCCGAGUUGAUAUUUUGAAGGUUCUUCCUAGGACACGCUUAACAUUCUAUGGACCCAAGGGAUUGCAGAUUCAUAUGGUUCCCACAGAUAAAGCUGAUGAAUUUUACCAGGCAGAAGUCGGGAUUUCCUUAACACCCCCAACUGGCAACCCGAGCAACGACUGGACGGGACUUGAGACACAGCGCCAUUUACAAAUAAAAUUUGAAGAUGCCAAAAGCAGUCCAGCUUGCGAUGUGGCUGUAUCCGGCCUUGGAUGGAUUGCCGUUGAGCCAGUUGGCAGAUCUCCUGGAGUUAGUGACUCAGAUUCUGAAGAAACUGACAAAGAGUUGCUUCUGGCAGUCCAUGUCGCGAAGCCGGUCGAGGUGUUCAUCAGGCCUCCUAUGCCGGCGGGAAAGGCCGGAGAAGAGUGGUAUCAGUACCGGGAGUUAACUGAGAUGGAAGAAGAGGUAAGACCAAAAUGGUACUUUUGAUAGCGGUGAUCUUGAAACUCUUUUGUAAAUAAAUUGAAAUUAAAGUACAAUCUUGAGAAGCCUAGGAAAUAAAAAAAAAGGGAUAUUUGUCCAUUUUGUUA